AUGAGCUACACUAUUCCUCAGCCUCCGAUGUCUUAUGCAAAUGGGGCUCAAAUGCCCAAAGGCACAACUUCAAUGGAUUCCUUUGUUGAUUUUGACUUCAACAAUGGAGAGCAGCGUCCUCCAAACCAUCGGAAAGGCUUUUCUUCCCCGCUAAAUCUUUUCAGGAACAGGAAGAAGUCUACAGGAGACAGUCGCGAAAAUUCCCCUGCCAAAAAGUUAUCUACUGUUCGUAGCGCUGACUCUCUAAAUACACUGGAUCACAACUCUUUCAAAGUGUCUCGGUCACGAGCUCUACCACCUCUGCCGCAGUCUGAACCGACGAGUGCAUCUCAUAUAGCGUCAAGUCCUUCAUCUUUUGAUGAUUCCACCUUCAUUCUAGCCCCACUGCGUAUGAGCCCGCAACCAGAUGAAUGGUCUACCAAUUUAGAUACAUCCAAAGCGCAAGUUGCAUCAAACUCUAGUUAUGAAGGAUUGCCAAACCAUCAUGAUCAGAUAUCAUCACUACCACUGCAUGCCACUCACGGUCUUCCUAUCAUCUAUCCCCAACAGCGACAACCUCUAAAUACUUUCGAUGCAGCUCUACAAGAGAACGGCCAAUCAGUGAUAGAUGAAUCUAGUAUGCUUGAUCGGAAUGUUGCACCUGCAUUAUUUGUAGCUGAAGGUCUCAAAACGGAUACGCCGCAUCCUCAUCAUAAACAUUCUAUUGAGGUCAUGAAGAAUAUUGCUUUUGGUGGAGCAACACAUCUCAAAGAGGCGGAGGAGGCCCUGGAUCAGUUUACAGCAAGUCCCGUCUGGACGGAGGGGAAAGAAAUUGCAGAGACGCUGUUAGAGCCUGCUAAAGACGUAGUCCAACUCUUUGAUGCUCUGACCCCUCUCGUCCCAAUGUUUAUUAUCGCGAAAUCUGUGUUCGUUGUUAUUGUGCAGAAAGAACUGGACCAACGUCAGAACGACAAGAAUAUGGAUUUCCAGAACCAGUUGCAACAGCUUCUCACUCAAGUCUCCGCUCUGACCAUCAAUACUGUGAAUGAGAAAACUGACGCGCUGAAUCAAAAACUGGACGUAGUCAUCGCGGCAAUCAACUCCCUGACACCUGCUGAAUCGCGUGUACAGGCCAAGAUAGACGAUUUUGGUGGUGAAGAGAAGGCAUUCCAAGCAAGUCAAAUCUUCUUCUACCAUAUAUUGAUCAACGAGUUCGGUAUCAAAGUCACCCCCCAACUAAAAUCAAUCCUGCGCGAAGAUUUAGCUAGUCAGCUCAAGUCGAACGAGGCUAUGUUCAAGCUUCAAUUGGAGGCAACUCAGAGGGACCUUGAACAGUCGAUGGAACGCAAUACAGAUGCGAUUCUUACAAAGUUGGACGCAGGCCCUCACGAGCUCAUCCGCGACGAGGAUAUCCGGCAGAUUUGGAAAGGCAAAUAUGGUGGGCAUAAUCCGUGUGGUUUCACUGAAUUAAUGCCUAAAUACCAUCAGAAAUGGCGGCUGAGUUGCAAGACUCGUCAUUUUGUCGAUGCAUUACAUCAUUACUAUGUUCAAAAGUUCACGCAAUACCGGAAAACGACAGGGGAGACUCACAAAGACCAAUGGACACUCAGAUUCACUGGCCGAGUCAUAUGUAAGUGGAUCAUUCCGAGUCCUGGUGAAAUUCUGGUGAACCUUACGGAGCCAACUCCUGCAGUCCAACCAGCGAUUGGUGAUGCUAUCGACAUGGAUGCAAGUGGAUACGUCUCUAUAGACGAAGUUAACCGGUUCACGGCACAUUGUCCUGUAAACUGGAGCAUUCCUGUAUUUUUGGCACAUGCGGCCGCCGGAUGGUAUCAAAGUGCACUUGACUGUCGUGAACGAUGCCUAGAUGCUUUACAAAAGAUAGACCACCGGGCAAAACGAAUGCUUCCUCCGAACCGCAAACACCUGCGUCCGUAUUUUCAGAACGGCUGUCUACCAGAAAUAUGGUAUAUAGUCGAUUCUUUGAAUACAGACACGUUUAAAUACCAGCAAGAGGAUAUGCGGUUCCAGUUUGAGAAAUUGGCUUCGUAUCGAAAAGAAUUUAUGCAAGCAACCUAUACUCGCUUGCAGAAAAAUCUUGUAAACGUGAAAUACCGGAUGGUGGGUUCUGAAGACGUGAGAGCAGUCAUGGGUACCUCGCGAUGCGAAGCGAUGGUGCUUCCGCUGUUAAUGCUACUUCUCGAACGCCACGCAAAGAUCUUCGAAACGGCAGACAAUUUCAUACUUUCUGACAGGGAAUUCCAAGACAUGACCACCAGCAUGCAGAGCAUAGUAUACGCCUUUGGCAGAAGAUAUAGCAUUUUAACGGAGGGCUGGCGGCAGCAACGUUUCGAUAUUCCGUUGCAGAUGUCUUGUUUCAGUUAUGGGAUAUUCGUCAACUGGCAUACACAUUUCAGCUCAAUUCCUUUUGAGCACAGCGACCUCCACCUGCAAGAAUAUAUGCCUCGGCUAAAUGACCUCUCCCAAAACGUUGCUCAUGGGCCAGGUCCUGUGAAAGACUUGCUCACAUACGAUCUUCCUCUCCAGCCCAAUGCGGAAGAGCUCAGGCGACUCAGGUCAUCGCUUAAGGCGCGAAUUGUGAAAAAGGAAGAUGCCAAGACAAGGGAACGUUAUGGAAAUUUCAGUCAGCGUGUUAAGUCAAAACGUUCGAGCCGUCUUGGCGGAAGCGCGCCUAGAAGUCCGACAAUCAAGAUAGACACUGACAUUCAGAAAUCCCUUCACCCUUCAUCAGCAGCCAGUCCAAUCCGGCGCAAGCACUCGAAUUCCUCUUAUGAGUUCGAAUUUGAAGAUACAGAUGGGGUUCUCCACGCAAUCAAUGUCAAUGACGGAAACGCGUCCGCGGACUCAGAUUCGGAACUACCAGAUAUAGCUUACACCAAGGGAAAGAUCCUCACAUUAGACGACCGGAUUAAAUCAGUAGAAGCAGAGCUCAGUAGUAUGAAAACUAUGUUGGCGCAGUUGCUUGCGAUAUCGAAAUCGCAAAGCCUGUAG